AUGUUGAUUAUAAUAAAAUUUUUAUUUCACUUUAUCUGCUCAAUUGGUCGUUUUUUUCGUAAAAUUUUUCAAUUGAUAUUGGGAAGACGUCAUGAUGAACUUGAAACAUCGUUAUCGAAAACUGAACCAGUUACUUUAGAACAUAUUCGAAUUAUUGGCGAGAUGGAAAAUGAUCCCGAUCGUCCUUAUCAGUCAUUUAGUACAGCUCCAAAAAUACCACAAGCAGAAUGGAAUUCUUGGGGUGCUGAAGAUAUAUUUCGACAAAAACAACUUGCAAAUAAUUCACCAACAGCUGAACAAAGUGAUGCAAAAAUUGACUAUUUUAGUGAUAUCGCAGCAACCGUUAAGAAAACACCUAAAAUUGUUUUAAAAAAACGUAUUAAUGAUAAUGAUAAUUUUAAUCUAAAUGAUCAACGGCUUAAUCGAUUACAAAUGACUAAUGACGAACUGGUUGAUUUUCAACCUGGCCUUAAUGAAUGGCAAGAUAGCGACGGGAAUAUACACACGACAGGUCAUAAUACUUGGGAUGGCGAUGAUGAUUUUAAUGAGCUUUCACAAGAAGCAAAUGAAGCUAUGCGGGAAACUCGUCGUAUUGAACGUGAAAGAAAAAUACGUGAGCAUCAACAACGUAAAUUUGAAAAAGAAGCAUCAAGAACAUCAAUACAUAAACGUGAUGGUUUAUCAUAA